UUCUUCAGAAAUGGGUCUUCUCUCACAAUUCGAAACUGAAUCUGGUCCAGCCAGCCAUGGAUAUCUCUUGAGAAUCAUUACCGCCGUUCCUGCUUUUCUGCUGUUGAGAUUUAUUGUUAGUUUUACAUACAAUAUCUACUUUCAUCCGCUACGCAAAUUCCCCGGGUCCAGAUUAGCUGCUGGAACAAGCCUCAUCCAUAGCUAUCACCACAUCACAGGCAACGAAGUGACUUGGACCCACCGCGAGCACGAAAAAUAUGGCGAUGUUGUUCGGCUCAGCCCCGAUAGUCUGAGUUACAUUAACCCCGAGGCGUGGAAAGACAUCAAUGGACACCGCACGGGGGGCCGCAAGGAAAACUUGAAAGACGACCGUUUCUAUCAACUGGAGUACAACGGACAAAGAAAUCUCGCCACUGAGGGCGAUCCCAACGAACACAGACGAGUUCGAAAGAUAUUCAGUAAUGCUUUCUCCGAUAAGGCAUUAAGACUCCAAGAGGACAUGAUUCGAGGCCAUGUAAACAAGCUCGUGAGGAAUAUAAAAGAGGGUAUUACCAAUGAUCCAGCUGCGCGACUCGACAUUGUCAAGUUGUACAACUGCACGACGUUUGACAUUAUGGGCUACCUGACUUUUGGGCAGUCACUGGGGAUGUUGGAGUCGUCCGAGUUGACGCCUUGGGUCAAGACUGUCUUCGCAAGCAUGAAGAGUGGUUCGAUAGCCCAUCGCCUUGGAUCAGAGUACCCUAUUAUCGGCUAUCUCAUGAAGAACUUCAUGCCGGAAUCUGUUCGCGAGAUGCAGCGUGCGCAUUUCGAACACACAGUCCAGCGCGUGGAUCUUCGUCUGGAAGACGAUGGAAAUCAAAAGCACCCAGACAUCUGGAGCCUUGUUUUGAACAACGGAGACGAACAAUUGACUGUCCCAAAGAUGCAUGCGAACGCAGCAAUGUUCAUGGUUGCAGGUACAGAGACCACUGCGACACUCCUGAGUGGGCUUACAUUCCUUCUACUGAAAAAUCCCGAUAAAAUGAAAAAGGCCAUCGACGAGGUCAGGGCUUUGGCGCUGGAAGAUCUGAAUCUCGAGAAUCUACCACGACUUUCUUACAUGAACGCUUGCUUCGAGGAGGGCCUCCGAUGUUAUCCACCAGUGCCCAACGGAUUGCCACGCGUGGUCCCUAAAGGCGGCAAUGCGAUCUGUGGCGAGUGGAUCCCGGAACGGACUCGCGUCUACGUAUCAUCAAAAGCUGCGUUCAACUCCUCGUCGAACUUUAAAGAUCCAGAAUCUUUCGUACCUGAGCGCUGGCUGCCCAACACAGGCUAUGGAACAGAUAGGAAAGAUGUGUUCCAGCCAUUCAGUCAUGGGCCGCGUAACUGCCUUGGUAAAAACCUGGCAUAUCACGAGAUGCGGAUAAUUCUUGCCACUGUACUUUGGCACUUUGAUUUGGAACUUUGUGAGGAAAGCAACUCAUGGUCGGACCAGAAGUCGUACAUACUUUGGGAGAAGCCAGAACUUAUGGUGAAGGCUAGAGCGGUUCGUUAG